UCACGUGACUCUGAGAUCAGCAGUCUUCCGAUGUUUCUGUUGUUGAAAUCACGCUUCGCUCUAUCGCUGUCAGACUUGAUAAAAGACUGAAGUUUUUUUAUCAAGUAAUUACUUAAAAAAAAAAAAGAAAGUUUAUUUAUCAACCAAAAGGGUUCACGAAACAAUAUGUGUCAAAAAGGAAUAAGUUUGAAACUUUCUUGACGCAUGAAGUUGUGAAUAGGCCUUAAAAAAUCAAGACAAUGAAUACCUACAUACUACUUAUUCCUUUAUUUUUCAUUUUAUCGAUUUAUAUUGAAAAUGGGAAUUGCCAUCCAGCUAAUAAAGUAAGAUGGAAUUAUGAAAAGCCCAUUAGCAAUGAAGCACUUUCUGAAAAUGAUAUCUUGGCUCAUACAGAAUUUCCUAAAAACUUGAAAGCUGGGAGUUUUCCUGACAUCAAAUAUUACUUAGAACACUUACUUGACAUUCUCAAUAUUAAAAAGUUCAUCAAAAAUAUUGGUAAAAAGUUUGAAGUUGAAACAGCAUGUCUCUCUUGCAAAUUUGCUGUUGCCUUCCUACAACAUUAUGCUAACCAUGGAGCUACUGAAAAUGAUAUUGGAUCUAUUGUUAACAAAAUUUGCUCUUUAUUUCAUAUAGAAAAGCCUAGAGUUUGUCAUGGAUUAACCGAACUGUUUAAAGGUGAAGUGACUUAUGUUUUGGCUAAUGUUGCUCUGGACCCAAGUGAAUUUUGUGGUAUCCUUAUUGAAGGAUGUGGGAAAGUUGUAAAUCCAUUGCAUAAUUGGACUAUUCCUCUGACUCCGUUUCCAAAGCCACCCGUGAGGCCUCCAUUACCACCAAAGCCUGGUGCACCAAUUGCCCGUGUCUUACAUCUAUCCGAUGUUCACCUUGAUCCACUGUACCAAGAAGGAUCGAACGCAGAUUGUGGAGAACCAUUAUGUUGCCGAGAAGAUUCCGGAAAACCAGCAGGUCCGAGGACUACAGCUGGUUAUUGGGGGGAUUACCGAAAUUGUGAUUUGCCUCUACGUACCCUAGAAAACAUGCUUUCACAUAUAAAUCGUACUCACAAGGUUGACUAUGUGAUAUGGACUGGGGACAUUCCUCCACAUGAUAUAUGGAAUAAUACAAGAAAAGAAGCUGUAUAUCUUCUUCAUUCAGCUUCCAAAUUGAUUCAUAAAUACCUGGGUCAUGUUCCAGUAUUCCCAGCAUUGGGAAAUCAUGAAAGUUCCCCUGUUAACAGUUUCCCAAUUCCCACAAUUAAAGGAAAUGAAUCCAUUUCAUGGCUAUACAAUGAAGUUGCUAAAGCUUGGUCACCAUGGUUGCCAGAUAGUUCAUUUACUUUGAAAUUAGGUGCAUACUACUCUGUUUUAGUGAAUCCUGGUUUUAGAAUUGUUUCAAUUAAUAUGAAUUACUGCAACAGUUUGAACUGGUGGCUUUUGCUGAAUUCAACAGAUCCUACCAAUGAACUUUCUUGGUUGGUUUCAGAACUGCAGAAAGCAGAAAUUAAAAAUGAAAAGGUUCACAUUUUAGGGCAUAUUCCACCUGGUGCUGGUGACUGCUUGCCAGUAUGGAGUGCCAAUUUUAACAAAAUAAUCAAUAGGUAUGAGAGUACCGUUACAGCGCAAUUUUUCGGUCACACUCACAAUGAUGAGUUUGAAAUAUUUUAUGAUAAAUCGGGCCCUAAAUCUCGACCUGUGAGUAUUGGUUACAUUGGUCCCAGUGUAACUACAUAUGAUGGACUCAAUCCUGGUUACAGAAUUUAUACUGUUGAUGGAAACUACCCAAAAAGUUCGAGAGUUGUUCUGGAUCAUGAAACUUAUUACAUGAAUCUUACUGAAGCUAACUUGUACAACAAACCUGUAUGGAGAUUUGAAUACUCAGCUAAGAAAGCAUACAAUUUAACCUCAUUGCUGCCUACUGAUUGGGACAGUUUAACAUAUCGAUUUUUCAAAGAUGAUGAACUCUUCCAAAAAUUUUACAGAUUCUUUUAUAAAAUGUCGGAUUAUCCUGUGGAGCCCUGUGAUGAAACCUGCAAAAAAGAAUAUUUGUGCAGACUCAGAAGAGGAAAGUCUGAUGAUCCUCUUAUUUGUUGAGAAUUUUGGAUUGAGAAACUGCAGAGAUUAAAUUAAACUUAGACAAUCUUUCAGUAAUAAUAAUGAAAUGUCCUAUCAUUUUUCUUUUAAUAACUAAAAAUUAUUGGCAAACCAUAGAUACAUUCUUAAAAUUAAAUUAGGAACAAUAAAAGUAGCUAUUUUAUCUAAUUUCUUAUUUGAAUUUAAAAGGUCUAAUAUCUUAUCAAUUUUUCAAAUCCACAGUAAACUUGAUAUUAGAAAAUAUAAACUAAUCCAAUAUGUUUCAAUCUAUCUACUUAUCAGUUUAGAAAGAGAAAAUUGAAUAAAAUAGAGUGCAAUAGAUGAAUAGUAAAUUGAAGAAAAAUGUUUUAAAAGAUGAUUCUAGACUUGAAUUUCUUUAAAACUUAAAAGCAAUUUGUGAAUAAGAUAAAGAAAUGUUUAAAAAACAUAAUAGUAAUUUGUAUCAUUUUUAUUUGUGUGUUAUGUUUUGAUUUUCUUUUUGUGAUCUGUGUUUAUUUUUAUUGAACUUCAUUUUUUCAUAUAAAAAUCUGUUAUACAUUCAUUUUCCUAGUCUGCAUUUUUCUUCUUCUUCUUUUUUUUUUUUUUUUUUUUUUUUUUUUUUUGUAUCAAACAUGCAUUUUUGCUCAUUUUUUGAAGUUUCAUGUAUUGUUUAUAGUAUGUAAAUAAUGUAUAAUAUGUUACAUAUAGAAAAGUAUUAUAUAUUUCACGUUUGUGCAUUAAGAAGUUUAUUUUGUUACAUGAUGCUCAUUAAAAUAUACUUUGUCUGAAUGGAGUAGUUUAAUUACAUUGCUUUUCAACCGUUUCUUCUGAUACAAUUCAUUGCUCAAGUUUCUCUUUGAUAUAAUGAUCCAAGAAGUCAUUUUAAAUAUUGUUAAUGUAGUCAUGAAGGAAAUCAGAAAUUGCAGUAUUUCCACAUUAUAAUCAAACAGUUCAGGUGGCAGGAGCAGCAUGUACUCUUCUGAAGAUUUCAAUAAUUGGUUAUAAAUAUGUUCAAUUAAUGAGAAAUCAGUUUCACAUAAGAAGGAACUCAAAUUCCAAUUAUUUAAAAAAAUAUUUUUCCAAUCUGUAAAGUUUAUGCAAUAAAUGAUGAAGUCAUUAAGUCUGUCUUUCCCUUCAUCAUAAUCCUUUUGAUUUUGUUUAUUUUCUUCUGCU